UUGGUCAUUCAGUCUUCAACAUCUAUUGUAAUCCACUAGGCUUACAAAACUUAAUUCUUAUUUUUAUUUCCUCUUUUUUUCGUGUUUGUUUUUAGUUGUGUUUUCAGUCACAAUCACAGUCUGAAGUGAUGUAGGCCUACCCCUCAGCAAAAGAAUCAUACCCUUUGUUUCGUCCUCUUUCACAAGUACAAGGAACUAAUGCUUUAGUACAGUGAUUUCAUGUCUACUACGGGACUGUAUGAAGUAGAAUUGGUUUCUGUUGAAGAUUCCCUCUCAAUGACAAAUAGGUGUUAUAUUUGAAGGGUUUUAGCCAAUAAGAUCUGGAGAUAAGGGGAGAGGAAACCAACUUCCACUUCAUCUCUGAGGACCGAGAGCGUAUGAUGAUGUAGACGGAGGUCAAUAUCAUUGAGAAGACCAGCAGUACACAGAAGUCAACCGCAGCAUCGACGGCAUCCUCAUCCACAACGCCAUCCUUAUCGUCGUCGUCAUCGAUGAAGUCACAUAGUCAGGGGCCGGUAGCCAAUGGGGAUGUGUCGUUAGGGAGCCAAGAGAUGGGUGAUGAUGCUAAAGUCAAAAAGAGAGAGGGUGGGAGUAAGAAGAGGAAGAUGAGAGCGAAGGUGACUUUCAGCUAUAGUCCACAGAACGAGGAUGAGUUAGAGUUAAUAGUGAAUGAUACGGUAGAGGUCAUUGACCAGCCUGAGGAAGGAUGGUGGGAAGGUAUUAUCAAAGGAAAACAUGGUCUAUUCCCAUCAAACUUUGUCACCAUAGUAGAUGAAGAUGAUGCUGCAGAACAUAAGACAGAAACGGUGCCGUCAUCCGGUGGAACGACUCCGAUGGAGGAGGAGAAACCGGUGAAGAAGAUCAAGAGUUCCGGUAUCGGACACGGUAACAUCUUUGCCCAAGGGAUGCCACAGCUCAGGAAGACGCCUUCGGGGGAUAAAGAUGUACGUACUCAAGCCAAGCCUGAGUCUCACCCAUUCGCUUUGAAAAGGAUGUCAUUACGGAAAAAGGAACAUGAGGAAAAGAAGGAUGAGGAAAAGAAAGAAGAUAAAAACACAACUCCUGCAACAGAAACAAAAGGAUUAUUUAAAGUGAAGGUGAUAUACGACUACGAGCCAAAGAAUGCGGAUGAGCUUCAGUUAAAGAAAGGAGAGAUUGUGACUGUUACUGAUAAGAAUGCAGGGGAUAGUGGAUGGUGGAAAGGAGAAGUCAAUGGUAAAGUUGGAGUGUUCCCUGAUAACUUCACAGAAGAGAUCCAUGAAGAGAAAACGAAAAAGAAGAAUAUGCCUGCUCCUGUUCCAGCUAGACCUGUAUCAGGAAUGUUCCGUGCACCAGGGGAUGAGCAGCAUUCACAGUCCGCACCACCACGUCCAUCAAGACCUGGUAGUAUGGAAGUCAAGGGAGGUUCUUCACAGAAACCCGGUGUUACUAAGCAACCGUCUCAGGAUAACAUAAAGACUGCUCCUAAGGAAUCUCACGUCAAUGGCUCAAGACAUCUCCCGCCUGGUGCUAAACAGGUACUGCCACCACCUACGGCUGGAAGGCCUCAAUUAUUCAACAAGCCUACAGCGUUGACCAAACCACAGUCAACAUCUAAACCACAUGAUGUUAAAGAGACGCCAAAGGACAGCACAGACUCUGGUAAAUCAGAACCAAAAGAAACAACAUUUGAUAACAUCAAGCCCAACUCUGAAAAACUGACACACAUGAAUCUUUCAAGGCCGAAGGCCACCCCUAAUAGGAGACCGCCCUCUACGUUUGGCGCACCUCCAGCAUCGUCGUCAUCUAACAACACGCCCCUCUCACCCCUCAUCAGCCCCCCUCCAACCUCCACCUCACCAUCACCAAUCACCAGCGUCGAUGGCCCCACCUCCACGCCACACCCCUCCUCCCACCAUGACGACGACGAGCCUAAGCAGCCGCCCCCAUGGAGUCGAGACAUCAAAAAGUCCCUUCGUAGGCCGCCUGUUGCACUGCCCACCCAGGAAAAGAAAUCUCCUCCCCCAACCAAUAGCUCCUCCUCCUCCUCCCCUCCUGAUGAUACUCCGCCUCUUGCUCCACGCUCCAAACAUAAAAAAGCCCACCUGUCCACCCCAUCCCUCGCCCCUAUACCGGACCACGCCCCCUUAUCAACCCCCUCUAAUACCUCAAGCUCUGCCUCAUCAUCCAAAGCAGAGGAACCUACAACCACUCCCCACUCAAAGCCAUCAUCUCAGGCCCCUCCCCCUACCGGUCCACUCCCUGAGAAGCCCCGCCCUUCGGACCACCUCCCGCCCCGACCAUCCAUUGACCCUGGUCCCAAGGAGUCUGCUAGCAGCCAACCGCCUUGGAAGAUGGAACUGAAAAACAGAACUAAUAAAUCUAGUGGGCUUUCAUCUGCUUCGGCUCAGUCCACUGAAAAUGGCAGUGUUCCUCCCAGCAGACCUAAAGCCUCACCAGCUCAGUCUGGCUCUACCACCACCACCAAUACUACCACUGCUCCAGCUACAGAUACCAGCAGUGGGGCACCUCCAAGGCCAUCUGGAGGGGUUACCAAGACGACAGCAUCCUCCAACUCCGCUGCUCCUAGUAAAGAUGCAGCCACAUCUGCUGAAGUGCAGGACUUGAAGAAAGAAAUCAAAUCUCUCCAUGAAACUAUUGCCAGCAUAAAGAGUGAUUUUAAGAAAGAGGUGAAGAAGUUGAUGACAGAAGUGGACGACGAGAAAAAACAUAGGAUGAUGAUGCAAGUCGAGUUAGAAAGAAUAAAGAAAAUUGUGAUGGAAAGAGACUGAUCGUCAUGGAAACCACAUCCUCAUCAUCAGUGCAAACUAGAAAAGAGACAUAAUAGUUCUUUCAUUGGCUGGAUUCAUGUCCAGCAAGUUUUUUUGUAAAAAAAAAAGCAUUUCAUCACCGCUAUUUCUUCAGAUAGACUUGUUUUAUUUUCAACUCUGCUGCAGUCAUUCCUUGAAGACCGUCGAGACUUCCUUCUAUUCCACGAUUUUAUUUUAAAAAUGAUUCCAGUAAACCAGAAUUCCUCCAUCGGACCAAAUUUGUUUUUGUGUCAUCCAUUAACUCCAAUUGUUGGGAUGAAUUUAUGUGUAAAAAAAGAGUUUUGAAUUCAUUUAUAUUAUAAGAAAGAUACAUGUAUAUUUUAUCAUGUAAAGAGUGUUUAAUGAUAUAUGACUUCACU